AUGUGUCCGGAGGGUGUGGGGGAACGUUUGUUGCUUCUCACAGACGAUGAGUCCUGUGGUUUUGGUGCUGAGGGUACACUUGCACCUCUUUCCCCAAAUGACUGUCUGAUUCCUUCAGAUCUGCCUAUUGUCUUUUGCCAUAAUUUGUUUAUAGAUAGCAGGAAGUGCAGUGAUAGCAAUAAGUGCAUUAGUGCAAUAAGUGCAACAGCGUUUAUAUACGAGAGAAAUGUUUUGUUGAACGAAGAAAUUCGAACGGUGGCCUCAAACAGUGUUUUAAUUGGGCCUAUCGGGGAAAUUUCAACAGUACACUCUAUCGACCACAUUGAUUCUACAGGAAAUUAUUUGACAGAAGAGAGAUUUGUAAAUAUCGAUGAAAAAUGCGAUGUUUCUUUACCAAAUUAUCAUUUAUUUAAUGAAGAAAUUAAUUUUGUUCAAGAUGAUUUGUUAUUAAAUACUGUUAAUUUUGACCUUCUUGAUAAUUUUGUUCAUAAAAACACCGAAUAUAAUUGUUCGAACAGUAUUGCUGAAUUCGAUGAUGAUCUAAUAGUCGAUUCUUUAACUGAUUAA